CGUACGGCAUGUUCCCUAUUGGCUUAGGGAGCUGUCAGUCAGGGGUUGUCUGUACUGUGGCGGGAUGUGUGUGAUGUACUAAGUGUCCGGGGAACGGAAGAAGCCGCGGCCGCACGGGAGUACGCACAGUGAGAAUGCUUCCUUUAUCUUUGUUGAAAACUGCCCAGAACCACCCAAUGUUGGUGGAAUUAAAGAAUGGUGAAACAUAUAACGGGCACUUGGUGAGCUGUGACAACUGGAUGAAUAUUAAUCUGCGUGAAGUCAUUUGUACUUCAAGGGAUGGCGACAAAUUUUGGAGGAUGCCUGAGUGCUAUAUACGUGGCAGUACUAUUAAAUACUUACGCAUCCCUGAUGAAAUUAUUGAUAUGGUAAAAGAGGAAGUGAUGUCAAAGGGCAGAGGUCGUGGUGGAAUGCAGCAACAGAAGCAGAUGAAAGGUAGAGGAGGUGGAGGAGCUGGGCGAGGUGUAUUUGGAGGAAGAGGCAGAGGAAUGUCUGGUGCUGGCAGAGGAGGACAACAGGAUAAAAAGCCUGGACGGCAGGCUGGGAAACAAUGAACAAUUUAGUGAUGCUAUGCUUAGAUUGGUGUUAUUUUUUUGUUAAUAUACCCCAGGCGAUAUCUUUGUCAAGCCUCAAGUGUCUAAAGUGUUAAAUCACAAAGUACCUAAAGAUGUUCAAACUAAGCCAAUGGUCCCAUCUUUAUUCCAUUUCUGCCUUCUGACUCCAUUUUGAUGCAGCUGUAUAAAGGAAACAUACUUUUAAAUAAUAGUCCAAAGUCGAUGCAUCUUCUUUCCCUUUUUUUUCCCCCCCUUAACCAUGCAACUGUAGCUACUUGGGGAUCUUCAUUCUUCCAGCUGCAAAUUGUCCGUCUAUCGAAAACUCGAGAUGCCAAGCUGGGAAGGCUUUAUAGUGUGGUCUGCAUCAUCUGUAAAUGCUGUGCUGCCAGCAUUUUGUCUGGUUUUUAAUCCAUUACCUGUACGAUCAAACACUUCGAUUAUUUCAGUUAUCGGCCUGAUUGGUUGAAGACCUUAAUAUAUUUGACUUCUUACUGCCAGAGUCGACAAAUUAUUAGUGAAUAGAUUAAAAAGCACCGUAAAUGUAGCCUACCAGUGGUGACCCUAAAGUUGACCCAUAAUUUCACAUACCACUUAUCAGAAGUGGUUAAAUUAACUUCCCCAGAUUACCUCAGUGUUAAACAAUACCCUCUCCAAAAAUGUGUUCUGAUUUCACUGAUUGGCACCAGUGUUUUGUACCAAAAAUAAAGCUUCAGUUUUCUGUUUUCUCUCGAACUUUAUAAAUCUGUCUCCCUAGAUAGUUUAAGUUCACGGACUAGAUGCCCCCACCAAGAACACGCAGAGUUCUUUUUCUCCACUUGUAUCUGGUUAUGGAAUGUUCUAAACAAAUAGAGGUUACAGUUUCUCAAUUGCAUUGGAUAUGUACUCAAAUAUUUUGGAGUAGUCAUGGCAACUGUUGGAACUAAUCAUUUCUUUUUUUUUUUUUUUUUCUUGU